CACCACCACCACCAACACCACUAUCCUUCGUUCCCUUCAUACACAAGGCAGCAAUGUCCACCACCACUACCGUCACUCAGACACUUCAAGAACAACUUGCCGACAUUGACUUGUCGAGCUACGAUGCUGAGCAGUCGAAGUUGAUGGAGGAGAGGUGUAUCCUCGUGGACCCGCAGGAUAAUGCGAUUGGGGCUGCCGACAAGAAGACUUGUCAUCUCAUGGAGAACAUCAACAAAGGUCUCCUCCACCGUGCCUUCUCCGCACUCGUCUUCCGUCCCUCAGAUGGGAAACUUCUUCUUCAGCAACGCGCUACGGAAAAGAUCACGUUCCCCGAUAUGUGGACUAACACAUGCUGCUCGCAUCCGCUCGAUGACUUCGCCGAGGAGAAGAUCGAGCAGAACCAGCUUGGGGUGAGGAUUGCGGCUUCGAGGAAGUUGGAACAUGAGCUGGGUAUUCCGAGGAGUCAGACACCGGUGGAUAAGUUCCAGUACUUGACGAAGAUUCAUUAUUUGGCGCCGUCGGAUGGGUUGUGGGGGGAGCAUGAAGUCGACUAUAUUCUCUUUUUGACUGCCGACGUGGACGUUAACGCCAACCUGAACGAGAUUCGGGACUGGAAGUACGUCGACAAGGCAGAGCUUCAAGCUAUGUUUGAUGCCCCUGGCAACUCUUUCACCCCAUGGUUUAAACUCAUCGCUCGUGACUUCCUCUUCGGCUGGUGGGACGAGCUGCUGAACCGGAAGGAUGCGAAUGGCCGCGUCAAUGCGCUCAGCCUCGAUGGCCUCGUUGACGGUAGCAAGGUCGUCAAGAUGGUCUGAGUCGGUGCUUCUUAUAUUUAUAUUUUGUUUGUUAUGCUUUGCUUGCUAGAGGAUAGACCGUGAUGGGUCGCGGAUAUUUGUGUAUUUCCCCCAGGAAUAAUAAAUGGGGUCGUAUCAGAAUUAAGACAUUGAAAUCUC